AUGUAUACAUCACUUUUAAGUGUUGUUUGUAUUUGUUCAGAUAUUCAAUUAGAUGAAUAUGUUCAAGAUUCACAAGAUGAGAAUGAUUUCGUCGCAACAUUACCAUCAUCACAUCAAUUCAAUCUUCGUUCUGUUGAUCUUGCGAAAUUACAAUUAAUUAAAACUGAAAAAAAUUAUAAAAAAAAACAACGUCUUUUUGAAAAAAUGGGAUUAACUGAUAAACCUACGAAUAAAUCAACUGAAAAAAAGAUAUUUAUUUCAAAACAAGUUAAUAAAUUUACAAAUAUAGCUGCUGAUGUUAUUUCAAAUGAAAAAACAUUUCGAAGUCUAGCUAUGUGGUGUAUUGCUUUGCUUAUUCAUGCUUCAACAUGGAACGAAUUCCUUCACAAUUGGAAAUUAAUCUGUAAAGUUUUCAUAGAAUUGCAUUUGGGUCAGGAUUUUAUUAACAAAGAACAUCAAGAAGCACUUAUUGAUAAGAUCAGUAAAAUUAAAAAUGAUACUAAUACAAGAAAUAUUAUCAAAUCAACUGAUGAAGUAUCAGAAAAAAAUACAGAAAAUUUAUACUUUUCCAGCAUCUAUGAUUUUGAUGAAACAGAUGAUGAAGCAGAAGUUCAACUAGGUUCAAAUGUCUCAAAAUCAAAUCGAAAAAAAAAGAUGGUAAUAGAUGAAGAACAACAGGUCAAUUCUAUGGACUCUCCAUUUAAAUCAACAAUAACUAAAUUAUUUCAUGAUGUUUUAAGCCUGUAUAGUAUUUCAAUGAAACAAGUUAAUGAUAAAUCAUCACGUGGCAUUUUGAGGUGGUUCAAGUAUCUCAUAAAUUCAUUCAUGCCAACAACACCAAUUUGGUGUAAUCUAUUAUUAGGUAAUUUAACUCGUCAUACUAGACAAAUUAUUAAUUUAUUUGAAAGUAUCUCAAUCAUCAAUGAAGAGCAAUUAACAACUGCUAUAAGCGAACGCCGAAUGUGUAUUGUAAAACGGAUUCAAUUAGUUCCGGAUAUGAUGUUGAUGAUUGAUGAGUAUUGGAGUGCAUUAUUAGGUUAUAGUACAAGUAAUGAUAAAACAAUAUGUAUAGAUCAACAAAGACUCAAGCCUAUUCAAGAACGAUGGCGAGAGAAAGUUUCAAGAAGAGGAGCAGGAUUUUAUAAUAAACGUCCUAGUGAACCAAUUGUCAAUGAUCUUAUUUCAUGUUUAUUGUCACCAAAAGUAAAUAUAAAUGAAAAUUUGAAAUUGCCUAUUCUUAGUCCAGUCUGGUUGGAUGUUGCCGUUGGAAUUCUAUUGUCUGUAGGAAAUAAUAAUCCUGAUCAUUAUAUAUAUAUGUCUUCAUUAAAAAGUUCUCCUUUGUUAUCUAAAAUUUUGAAAUUCUUGGAACAAUGGUAUAAUUCAUCAAAUAAAACUAAUGUAUCUACAAAUCUCAAUAUUUCUUCAUUAAAUAUUAAAUUAAAUGAUGCAUUUGAACAAUCUUCGUUUAUACUAGAAUAUAUAUUAAUACCAGUAUUGCCUUGUCAAAUGAUAAUAUGUAAAAUUCAUGAAUGUAGUCGAUGUAAAUUAACAACUAAGAUACAUUCAAUCAUCACAUCAAUUCCUAUCAAUAUAUCAGUAACUGGUUUAUCUGUUGAAAAAAAUUUAUUUGCUUACUUUGCUCCAACACAAUCAGAUUUGGUUUGUUCUAACUGUAAUACAGCUACUAUGCGUCGUAUUGAAGUUCAACAAUGGCCUCAAGUUCUCUUAUUACACCUCAAUGACUCGAAGCAAGUAACUCGGCCUCAACGACCACCUUCCAUGCUCUCAUACAAUUUAGUCCAUGCUGUUAUUCAUGCUACAGGAUUAAAAUGUUCAAGUUUAGUUAAUGAUAUUCCACAAUCUAUAAGUGUUCAAGAUGCAUUAAAAUUUAUUCAAACACAUCCAUUACUUUGUGAUUUAAAAAAUGCUCUUACAGCUGAUGUUAAAACGAAUCGUUAUAACGAUAGAGCCACCAUUAUAAAACAAAAAGAUAGUUCUUAUGUUCAAUUUUAUGGUGAUACCUAUGCUGAAUCAUCAGAUAUAUCAAUCUCAAGAAUUGCUGAUCUUAUCGAUACAUGUAAUUCUAUAUUAUUAUUUUAUCAACAAUCUCGUACCACGGUAGCGUUGUCAACAAACAUAACAACAACUCCAUCAACAAAUACGACAACAACUUCAUCAACAAAUGCAACUACAACUCCAUCAACAAACACAACAGCAACUCUAUCAACAAAUAUUCUCACAUCAUCUACUACUUACAACAAUAGCACCUCAAAUUCUUCACAAAUGCGUAUUGUUUCACAAGUACAUAUAAAUGGUGUUCAGCGUCUUGUUAUUACAGAUGAUCGAUGUUUUUUCAUUUCCGAUAAUCUAAGCAAUGUUAAAAAAACUAUGGCACCACAUGACUUUGUUGAAAUUCGACUUGUAUGUAAAGCUGAUUAUCUUGACCCACAAUUAAAAAUAAAAUUACAUGAAAUUAAAGAUAAAUUAAGAGAAAUACUUCACACUGGUCGAAGAAAAUUUGCAUUAAAAAAAGUGCAGCCGUGGAAUAGUGUUAAAGUUACUUUUGAUAUUCCGAAAGAGGCAGCCGAUCGUUUACAUUUACUUGCUAUACAAGGAAAUGUACGCCUCAUCGAACUCGGAAUACUUAGUGUUGAAAUUGUUGGACAAUCAAAUGCUAUUGUAGUUAAUAGCAAUAAUAAUAAUAAUAAUAAUAAUAAUAAUAAUAAUGCAUCAACAACAACUACUCCAACAACGAACAGUAAAGAUUUAUCUAUGUCAUCAUCAUCAUCAUCAACAACAACAACAACAACUAAAAUUCCAAUUGAUUCUCUUGAAUCAACUGUUCCUCCACCAUCAACAAAUAAUUUUUCAUAUGAUAAUAAUAAAACUGAUGAUCAUAGACAUAAACGUGUAAAAUUAGAAAACGGUAGUGAUCAACAAAAUUAUACGAAUUUAAAUAAUUAUAUGUAUAAAUCUUCUUCAACUACUGUUAAUCUCAUGCAACCACCAUCGACAAUGGGACAUCCUAUUGGUCAUUAUAUAUCACAACAACAACAACAACAACAAAAUUCACCAAUUCUUCAUCGACAACCACCAACAUCAACGAAUAAUUAUGGACGAUUAACAUAUCCAAACAGUAUUUCACCAACACAUCCCACUUAUUUAAACAGUGGCAAACCUCCUCCCCCUCCUUCUGCUCCUCAUUCAUAUCAACCUUCAUCAACAAUGGAUAAUAAUAAUACAACAUUAUCAAAUGGGAUUGGUAAUGAUAUGCAUAAUUAUCAUCAUCAUGAGUCUUGGCCAACAUAUGUUGAUCAUUCAAAUAAUUAUAAAAUUAAAGUUAAUGGUGUAUUAUCAAAUCAUUAUUAUCCUCAACAACAACAAUUAAAUCUAUCGGAUAGUUCAUCAUCAUCAUCGAAUAUUUAUUGUACACAACAACAAACACAAUAUGAUAUGAGAAGAUGUGAAACAAAUCUAACACAAAUGACAACAUCAACAACAAAUAUACAAAAUUCAUAUGAUGGUUCGUCAACUGGUUUAUCAUCUUGA